AUGAGUACUGCAGGAGAAAUCAAUCAAAUGAUCUCACGGAGAACAUCGCUUCUAGCUAGUCUAGGUCGGGCAGAGAACUUUCUGGCCGAGUUCGACUCACAGCGGGAUCAAAUACAGCUACAUGUGCGUCUUGAGCGGCUGGAAAAAUUGUGGGACGAUCUCGAAAGUACACAAGAUCAGUUGGAAGAGAUAGAGACAACUGAUGAAGGUAGGAAAAUGCAGGAGAAAAUUCGGGCUAAUUUUGAACCUCGACUCUUCAUAAUAAAGGCAAAUUUAGCUUCCAAGCUUUCUUCGUUAGUCACUGAUGCUCGUCCACCUCAACCAACAUACACAAACUCCACUCUCUCUGGCAUAAAAUUACCGACAAUAACGCUCCCUGAAUUUGAUGGGGAUUACAUGCAAUGGCUUACGUUUCAUGAUACCUUCUUGGCAUUAAUACAUUCCAAUUCUGAAGUUCCACCAAUUAAAAAAUUUCACUAUCUGAAAGCAGCUGUCAAAGGAGAGGCUGCUCUGUCUAUUGAGUCCAUUGCUAUUAGCUCUGCAAACUACGAAUUAGCUUGGCAAACAUUAAAAGAUCGAUACGCAAAUGAGUACCUUUUGAAGAAACGACAUUUGCAAGCUCUGUUUGAUAUUCAAGGCAUUAAAAGGGAAACGGCAGCUACGCUCCACGGAUUGGUGGAUGAAUUUGAUCGUCAUGUCAAAACAUUGCAUCAGCUAGAUGAACCAACAAAUGCUUGGAGCACUAUACUUGAACACCUGUUAUGCACACGCUUACCUGACGAUUCGCUAAAGGCUUGGGAAGAUCAUGCAUCGAAAACAGAUAAUCCAGAUUACGAAAGCUUGAUUGUGUUCCUGCAACGUAGAACUCGUGUCCUCGAAUCUAUAUCGGUGAACCAUAACACUGCAUCCACAAGUUUCAAUACAUCCGGCCAAUCAACGAGAAAACUUCCGCAUCUUCGCUUGUCAUCAUACACCUCUACAACGGAUUCGAACAAUCAAUGUCCAGCAUGUGAUCAACCACAUCCAUUGAUAAAGUGUCCAAAAUUCUACCGUUUUUCAGCUACUGAGCGACAGCAGCUGGUCAUGUCGAAGCGACUUUGUCACAACUGUUUACGUAGAGAUCACAUUGCUCGCAACUGCUCUUCGAACUUCAACUGCAAACAAUACAACCGUCGUCAUCACACGCUUCUGCAUUCUGCAAACAAUGCCCUUGUGGCUUGUAAUGUAACCGACAUUUCGUACGGCCCAGCGCCACCCGAAACUAGUCAAUUUAGAGAGUUAGAGGAAAUUCAAAGUCAAACUUCGGUCGCUGCCACCAAGAGUUUGCCAAGUUUCGAAACAAGUGUAUCACUCCAGCAACCUUUCGAAAAUGUUUUCCUACUCACCGCCGUAGUACAAAUUGUUGACGCAUAUGGACAAGAACAUCUAGCGCGUGCUCUUUUAGAUAGUGCUUCACAGCCAAACCUUAUGACAGAUCACAUGGCAAGAAUUUUAAAUUUGAAUAUAACCGUACAAGGCGCAGGCCAACUUUCCCAAGUAAUCCGGGAGUCAGUUUUUGCAGAAGUAAGGUCAAGAAAAGAAGGCUUCUCUUGUGGAAUUGAUUUUCUUGUGAUGGAUCAUGUCAACGCUGAUUUGCCAGCGCAUCAUGUAGAAACAACUGGUUGGAAGAUUCCUACUGAUCUUUUUCUCGCCGACCCUUCUUUCAACAAAUGUCAACCGAUUGAUCUCGUCCUAGGAGCUAAGCAUUUUUAUUCCUUCUUCCCUGGUGCAACUCGAAUUCACUUGAAGGAAAAGCUACCAUUGUUGAUAGACAGCGUUUUUGGUUGGAUUGUAGCAGGUUCAGAUUGUUCUGCUUCGCCAUCGCAACACUCCACAGCCUCGAGUUAUAGCGUCGUAGCGGUAGCAGCCUCUUUAGAGCAAAGCAUCGAACGAGAAACAACGAUGGGCGCUAUAUGGUUCGUCUUCCUAAGCGACCAGACUUUGAAAUCAUGCUAG